AUAUGGAUGAACGCAUGUUGGCGCUUUUGGAUAAAGUAACGAUACUGCGCUCUUCCAUUACUGACGUCAAGCGCAUACCUGAGCGAUGCACGAUAGGAUUUGUUGAAGGAGGCAUUGCUAACGAGGAAAAUGUGGAAACUCUAGAGCAUUUCCGUGAAAACUGCGACAUACUCAUCUCAGUAGGUGCGUGUGCUGUAUGGGGCGGCGUACCCUCCAUGCGCAAUAUGGUUCCCCUCAAGGAAUGCCUGGAGGAAGCUUAUGUGGAUGCACCCUCUAAUGCCCAGCCCACUCCU